AUGGAACAUCUCUUCUUUAAAUGCCCGUAUACUCAAGCACUUUGGAGAGGGGCAAAUCUACUAGACCGUACGUUUACUGAUAAUAGUAUCAGUUUUGAAGAGAAAUUAAAGGCUAUCGUAUCCUCGGUCAAUAAUAAGGCGCUUAACCCUAUUGAUAGGCAACAACCUUUGUGGAUCCUCUGGCGCAUCUGGAAAAGCAGAAACCUUUUGGUUUAUAGACGGAAACAGACUGAUUGGAAAGUAGACCUCAAACAAGCUCAACAUGAAGCACGAGAAUGGACUCAGGUGUUGUAUUCAACUGAAAGCAACAGUAAUACAACCCAGAGGCUAAGUGGGAGGCAUAAACAAUCAAUGUGGGAGAGACCUCCUUGUGAUUAUGUGAAGAUUAAUUAUGAUGGGAGUAGGAGACAAAAUAUGUCAACAGGAGGGUGGAUAUUCAGAGAUGCUCAAGGAUUUUUCCUAGGUGGAGGCCAGGGUAAACAAUCAGUUAACGGAGAUGAAAGUCUGGAGACAGAAUUACAAGCUCUUCUUAUGGCAAUGCAACAUACGUGGACAAAAGGUUACCGUAAAGUGAUUUUUGAAGGAGCAGUCGAGAACGGAGUAGUUUCAGGGAAGAAGUUGAAACGGGAAGGAGAAGUGGUUGUAGAUAAUUGCAACAUCAUUGAACGCUGUUUCUGGGAAGAACAUCCACACAUCCUUAGCUAUUCAUAG